AUGGCCCACCAAGGCUCCCCGAACCCCGGCUACAGCUCCAACAACGCGGUCCCGGUGCCGGUCAUCACUCAGACGGACUCCCGGGACAAAUGGAGCAAAAAAAUGGAUUUUCUCUUGUCUGUCAUUGGCUUUGCUGUGGACCUGGGUAAUGUUUGGAGAUUUCCAUACGUAUGUUAUCAAAACGGUGGCGGUGCUUUCCUCAUCCCCUACAUUUUGAUGGCCAUCUUUGGUGGUGUGCCACUCUUUUACAUGGAGCUGGCACUGGGACAGUUCCACAGAACCGGAGCCAUAUCCAUAUGGAAACACAUCUGUCCCAUUUUCAAAGGUAUAGGAUAUGCCAUUUGUAUCAUUGCCCUCUAUGUGUCCUUCUACUACAACACCAUCAUCGCCUGGGCCCUCUUCUACUUCUAUUCCUCUUUCUCCACCAUCUUGCCUUGGACGAACUGCGACAAUGUGUGGAACACUCCCGACUGCACCAACUAUUUUGGCAUGGAUAACGUCACCUGGACGAAUAAAUCCAGGUCUCCGGCAGAGGAAUUUUACACGAGGAAUGUUCUUGAGAUCCACAAGUCAUCAGGGCUGAAAAACGUUGGGGGUGUUCGCUGGCAGUUGAUGCUCUGCCUUUUUCUCAUUUUCACCAUUGUAUACUUCAGCCUGUGGAAGGGCGUGAAGACCUCAGGAAAGGUAGUGUGGGUGACGGCCACCUUGCCCUACAUUGUGCUUUUCAUCUUGCUAAUUCGAGGCGCCACUCUGCCAGGAGCCUGGAGAGGUGUGGUGUUUUACCUGAAACCCCAGUGGGGGAAGCUGCUGGAGACCAGUGUGUGGGUGGAUGCUGCUGCUCAGAUAUUCUUCUCUCUGGGGCCCGGGUUCGGGGUGCUCCUGGCUCUGUCCAGCUACAACCCUUUCACAAAUAACUGCUAUCGUGACGCCAUUGUGACCAGUUUGGUGAACUGUCUGACGAGCUUUGUGUCAGGGUUCGUGAUCUUCACAGUGCUGGGCUACAUGGCAGAGAUGAGGAAGGUUGAGGUGGAGGAUGUAGCCAGGGAUAAAGGACCAAGUUUACUCUUCAUCACGUACCCAGAAGCCAUUGCAAACAUGAUGGGUUCGACUUUCUUUGCAAUCAUCUUCUUUGUGAUGAUGAUCACGUUGGGACUGGACAGCACGUUUGGUGGGUUGGAGGCGAUCAUCACUGCUGUGCUGGAUGAAUACCCAGAUCAUUUCUCUCACAGACGUGAACUCUUUGUCCUGGGCUUGGUAGUUGUCUGCUUUUUGGGCUCUCUAAGCACCCUUACAAAUGGUGGUGCCUAUGUGGUGAAGCUGCUGGAGGAGUUCGGAGUAGGACGCUCCAUCAUAGCCGUGGGUUUCCUUGAGGCCAUUGCAGUUUCCUGGUUCUACGGUAUCAAAAGAUUCAGCAGUGAUGUUCAGGCCAUGCUGGGCAAAUCUCCAGGAUUGUUCUGGAAGGUGUGCUGGGUUGUCAUCAGUCCAGCAUUUCUAGCGUAUAUUAUAGUGAGCUCCCUGCUGAAAGCGCCUCCCCUCACACUAUUCGACUAUCAGUAUCCUGACUGGAGCAUCACAGUGGGGUACAUCAUUGACUUCUCAUCCUUCAUAUGGAUCCCCAUCUACAUGGUCUACAAGCUCGUGUGGACCCCUGGAUCUCUCAAACAGAGGUUGGCGGUGUGUCUCAGACCAGAGAGGACCAUACCAGACAUCCACGCCGACAGCCUCAACAUGGCCACUGUGCCAUAGAAAGAAAAACACCUUAACACAUGAAAAACAUCCCUGCUUGUAGUUUCUACUCAAACCACAGUUUAAAUUUAUGAUUUGUGUCCGAACCUGAACAUUAUCUGACAUCACGACUGUUACCUGCUGAUGAUGUCCAACGUGUCGACUUUCACCGCACAUGUGCACGCUGUGAAAAAUGGUAAAUGCUGCUAAAUUUGUAACUCCAAGAAGAACUGAGAUAGCAAUACUCAUCUGUUUUCAGAUCUUUAAUAUGUAGCUUCACAUAUGCCAUUUUCAAGUGUUG